UUUUUUCUUGAGAUGGAGUCUCACUCUGUUGCCGAGGCUGGAGUGCAGUGGUGCGAUCUUGGCUCACCGCACCCUCCGCUUCCUGGGCUCAAGCGAUUCUCCUGCCUCAGCCUCCCGAGUAGCUGGGAUUACAGGUGCCUGCCACCACGCCUGGCUAUUUUUUGUAUUCUUAGUAGAGACGGGGUUUCUCCAUGUUGGCCAGGCUGGUCUCAAACUCCUGAUCUCAGGUGAUCCACCCACCUCAGCCUCCCAAAGUGCUGGGAUUACAGGCGCGGGCCACCACACCCAGCCAAUCAUUUGUAUUUCUAUACAGUAGCAACAGACAAUUUGAAAAUGAAAUCUUAAAAACAAUUCCAUUGACAGUAGCAUCAAAUAACAUAAAAUAGUUCAGAAUAGCCAGGUGUGAUGGCCCAUGCCUAUAGUCCCAGCUACUCUGGAUGGCUGAGGUAGGAGGAUUGCUUGAGUCCAGGUGGAUCCCUUGAGCCCACGAGUUCAAGGCUGUAGGACACUAUAAUUGUGCCUGUGAAUAGCCACUGCACUCCAGCUUGGGCAACAUAGUGAGACUCCGUCUGUAAAAUAAAAUGAAACAAAACUAAAAUACUGCUGAGAGAAAUUAUAGACCUAAGUAAAUGAAAAGGCAUACCAUGCUUAUGGAUUAGAAGACUCAAUAUUGUUAAGAUGUCACUUCUCCCCAAGUUUAUCUGUAGGUUCAAUGCAAUCUUGAUCAAAAUCCCAAUAAGCUUUUUUGGGGGGGAGGAAGGGGUAAUUGACAAGUUGAUUCUUAUUUCAUAUGGAAAUGCAUAGGGAUUCAAGGUUGCAGUGACCCCUGUUUGCACCACUGCACUCCAGCCUGGGAGACAGAGUGAGACCUUGUCUCAAAAAAGAAAUUAAAAAAAAAAAAAAAAAAGGAAUGCAAAGAAUCUCAAAUAGCUAAUAUCUUCACAGUGAAAAACAAAUUUGGAGAACUUAGUAGUACUUGAUUUUGAGACUUAGUUGAAAUCUAAAGUAACCAAGAGACAGUGGUAUUGUCAUAAGUAGUAGGAAGUAGAAUAUAACAAGAGUCAGAAAUAGACACACAUACAUUCAAUGGACUUGGUUUUUUCACAAAGGUCCCAAGGCUAUCCAACGGCAAAAGGAAAAGUUUUCAACAAAUGGUGCUGAAAUAAUUAGAAAUACGGGAUAAGUGAACCUGGACCCCCCAUCUCACACCACAACAAGAUUAUUUUGAGAUAGUAAUAGACCCAGCAGUAAAGGCUAAAAAUAUAAAUCUAAAAGGAAACAAUAUUUUCAUGACCUUGGGGAAGGCAAAGAUUAAAGAGGACACAAAAAACAACAAACAGAAGAAAAAGCUGAAAAUAUUGCAUCAAUAUAAGUGUCUGCUCCUCAAAAAACACCUUUAAGAAAAUGAAAUGGUAAGCCACAGACUGGAAGAAGAUACUUCGAAUAUAUAUAUUUAACAAUUUUGUAUCCAGAAUAAAUAACUCCUGUAAAUCCAUAAACCAAAAAACUCCAAAGUCAGGCAAAAGAUUGGAGCAGAUGCUUCACAAAUGAUAUAUGAAUGACUCAGUAAGCACAUGCAAAUGUGCCCACCAUUAAUUAUAUGGGAAAUUAAAAUUAAAACCACAAUAAUAUACCAUUUCACACCGACCAAGAUGGAAGUUAAAAAAAAAAGGCUGACCAAUGUGUCUAUCUACUGGAGCUCUCCUACUGCAGGUGAGAAUGUAAACUGGAUAUAAUCAAUCAUUUUGGAAAACAGGUGGCGGUUUCCUAUAAAGCUAAACAUAGACUUACCCUGGCACCCAGCCGACGUGGGAGAACUGGGUACACGGGUGUACACUUUACAAAACUCAUCGAAUUGCACACUCAGAUUGUGUGAAUUUUACUGUGUCUCAAAGUUAGCGCUAGAAAAGCAAAACAAAAUAUAAGAUCAUAAAAAUAAAAGCAAUUCCUAGGGGUCCUCUCCGUUCCCGGGCUUCCUCGGUGCGGAGGGAAACGAAACUAGCCCGAGGCAGCACAGCCUCCGCGACCCCCGCCCGCCGCUAGUUACACUUCGAUUUUCACUUGAAAGUUCCCAAGCAGCUCCGCCUCCCGUCCGGUAUCAUUUCAUCGGAAGAUCCCUGCUUUCCCCGCUCGCCACGCCCUCCUCCUACUCGGCUUUAAAGCUAGUGAGGCACAGCCGGGCCGGAACGUAGCUGGAAGCAGAGGCCGGCAUGACCACCGAGCAGCGGUGCAGCCUGCAAGCCUUCCAGGAUUAUAUCCGGAAGACCCUGGACCCUACCUACAUCCUGAGCUACGUGGCCCCCUGUUUUAGGGAGGAAGAGGUGCAGUGUAUUCAGGCUGAGAAAAACAACAAGAGCCCAUUGGAGGCUGCCACACUUUUUCUCAAGUUCCUGUUGGAGCUCCAGGAGGAAGGCUGGUUUCAUGGCUUUUUGGAUGCCCUAGACCAUUCAGGUUAUUCUGGACUUUAUGAAGCCAUUGAAAGUUGGGAUUUCAAAAAAAUUGAAAAGUUGGAGGAGUAUAGAUUACUUUUAAAAUGUUUACAACCAGAAUUUAAAACCAGAAUUAUUCCAGCAGAUAUCAUUUCUGUGUCUGAAUGUUUAAUUAAUCAGGAAUGUGAAGAAAUUCUACAGAUUUGCUGCACUAAGGGGAUGAUGGCAGGUGCGGAGAAAUUGGUGGAAUGCCUUCUCAGAUCAGACAAGGAGAACUGGCCCAAAACUUUGAAACUUGCUUUGGAGAAAGAAAACAAGUUCAGUGAACUGUGGAUUAUAGAGAAAGGUAUAAAAGAUGUCGAAACAGAAGAUCUUGAGGAUAAGAUGGAAACUUCUGACAUACAGAUUUUCUACCAAGAAGAUCCAGAAUGCCAGAAUCUUAGUGAGAAUUCAUGUCCACCUUCAGAAAUGUCUGAUACAAACUUGUACAGCCCAUUUAAACCAAGAAAUUACCAAUUAGAGCUUGCUUUGCCUGCUAUGAAAGGAAAAAACACAAUAAUGUGUGCUCCUACAGGGGAACAGCAGCCAUUCCUGGAGCAGGACAGCCGGGCCUCGCCCCAGGCACGGUGGGGACAGCAGUACACAAGCACGCCAGCAGAGAAGCGUCCAGGCACACUCACGGCGCCUGAGACUGUGGCCAUCCUGAAGAAAGGACUUGGAGACAAGACUCUUCUCUCAGUUACAGGCUCCGGCUCUGCUCUCCAGCCACGCACCCAAGCUAGAGACCCGCAAAAUGAUGAUGCUAAAGCCAGCCCCAUACAGUCUUGAUGCUCAGUAAUUCCAGCAUGGGAUCUGUCCACCCUGCUCUCUGGGUCUACAUCCAGCCCUUCAAUUUUCACUAGGCAAAUCUGAGGAAAUGAUGCCAGUGGAGAGUUGGGCCCUGUGGAGCCCCGAGAAGUACUUUUAAGACCAAAAUGUGGACGUUUCAGAGCGGCAGACUCCAGCUUAAUAAGAAGAUCUUUCAACCACUGGAAAAUCCACAGACGGCUCUUAGUGGUAGUGAGCUCUGUAUCCCUGGAGGUAUGCAAGCCAGAGCUGGCAAUACUGUGUGUCACAGAGGGAAUCAAGACCUAGGCAGCAGUGAUGGUCUUAAAAUUCCACAAUUUUUCAUGGUAUCCUUUUGAUGUAUUCACACCCCAGAAUCAUUUCUGCCUCAAAAUAUAUGUGUAUUUGAAAAUUAUAGAUAUAUAUAUUUAAAACUAGAAACAUAUCUAUAUAAAACAAGUCACAUAUCAUCAUCAACACCAUUUUAAGACCCAAUCUCUUAACUCUUUGUUGAAUUCCUAUUUCACAGUUUUACAUUUUCAUAUUUUUCUCCCCAUUUCUAGGACCUCUAACUACUCACGUACACCCAUCCUUCAACCCUAAUGCCACCUUCUCGAUGAUUCUUCCUUCAUCUUCCUCAGUUCUAAGCUGCUUUUCGUGCCUUAAUAUCUCCUCCCAUUCCCUUACAGUCACACUCCUUGUAUUAUAAUUAUGUCCACUUUUUGUUUUUCUGUGAUCCCCUACAGACCAGAAGUAAGGCCUUGCACACAGAAGGUGUGCAACAGUACUGGCUAAAAGAAUAAUAUAACUAAAACCAUGGCAAAAUCCCUCUGCUUUUGAGAAACCCUAUCAGACUUGUUUCUAAUUUUUCCUGUUCUAUUAAGCACCUGUUGAUCAGCCUUGGUAAUGGUGCCUGUUCACCACUGCUCCCCCAUUCCUGUAAGAGGAUCAUGCAGGCCGGGCGUGGUGGCUCACAACUGUAAUCCCAGCACUUUGGGAGGCCAAGGCGGGUGGAUCAUGAGGUUGGGAGAUCAAGACCAUCCUGGCUAACACGGUGAAACCCCGUCUGUACUAAAAAUACAAAAAAAUUAGCCAGGCGCGGUGGCGGGUGCCUGUAGUCCCAGCUACUCAGGAGGCUGAGGCAGGAGAGUGGCGUGAACCCAGGAGGUGGAGCUUGCAGUGAGCCGAGAUCGCACCACUGCACUCCAGCCUGGGUGACAGAGUGAGACUCUGUCUCAAAAAAAAAAAAAAGACGAUCAUGCAAUCCCUGCCCUUUUGCCUCUGGCAAGUGAAGCACACAUCCUCUCACACCAUCCCCACUGGGACCACCCGUUCUCCCCAUCCCAGAUCUAUUGAUUGGUCUGUAAGUGGGCGGGGCACACAUCACAUCCGAGCAGAAACUUUAAAUGCAAUGGUGUGUGCAGCUUGGCCACAGAACGGACAUGGUCCACACCGGAGCUGUUCCUCCAGCUGGGUCCUGAAUGAGGGGACAGGGCCACAGCCAGCUCACAGCUAUAACAUGGAACAUGAGCAAGUGAUCAACGUCUGUGGCUGUGAACCAGCAAGAUUCUGGGAUUUUUAUGAGCAAAAGCUGGCUUAUAAAGUGAUCCCUUUCCCGAAUUCCCAGUUCACCUGUAGGCAAGGAACAGAUGCAACCCCAGCUGUCACCUGUGUGACUACAGACUAGGAGGCCCUGGCCAGAGGGGAUGCAGAGAUUCUCUCUGCCCCUACCCACAAGGAGAUGUGUUGCAAAGCAGCAUACAGUGUUGAGGACAGGAAGGCAAGGCCUGAGCCCCAGGAAGGAAGCUCAGGCGUCCUGAACAAGGAAGAGCUCCAGGAGUACACAAAGGAAGCUCAGGCAUCUUCUUCACGGGAAUAUUUUCACAUGGACGCUGUCACAAUGACACUGUCUGCUACCUCUCUCAGUGCUCUUUCUAGAAGAAUACAGAGGAAAUAUUCCCUCCAGCCCCAAAACACAACUGGUCUUUUCAUCUCAUGGACACACAUCACGUUCACAGCUCUUGUCUUUGCAUGCUAAGAAGCUCAGAGGGAGAUGUGUGCAGAAUAUACCAGGGAUUCUACUGCUCAUCUAAGUAUGUCCCUACUCUUCUUUUGCUCUCUCCCUGGUUUCCUCCAUUUACGUAUUUUUCUUCUUUUUUAUUACAGGUCUUAUAAGCCACCUCAAAUAUCUCAUAACAUGGGUGUAAAAUACUGAAAAUGACUUAGAACAUGUACAUUUCUCCAUCACAUGCGGUCAUCGGGAGCUGGGAAGCGGAAGCUCCUGUAUUUACUCAGAUCUAGAACCGUCACCGUGCUGUGGGACUCAGCCUCUCCCACCAUGUUGGCUGCAUGGCACUGGUACACACCCUCAUCCUCCUUUCGCAGGGGGUUGAUCUAGAAACACAACAGGCAAGUUUAUACAGUUAUAUAAGGUACAGCAAAAUGACUUCCUUAGUUAGUUCUUAAUGAUAAGUCUGCACACUUCUUCCUUUUCAGAAUAAGGUAAAACUUGCUCUAUUUCUCUCCUUGCCUUGGCUGCCAAGGAGCACGCAGGUAAAUUUCCUUCCCAGGGACCAUCUUGAAAGGCACGCUCCCUAUUGUAGCUCUCAUCUGAAUGACUCCUCCGCAUACCUGCCUUUUACUGUGAGCUACCUGGUCUUUUGUAUUAAUGGUGCAAGGUAUAGGUUAUUUGGAAAAUACCUCAAGUUAAAAGAAGAACAAAAGUCUACUGACCAAAGAAUGAUCCACAAACUAUUCCCUAUAGGGGCAGCCUCUACAAAAUACCACCAGAGAUAACCUCUUUUCCCUGUUUUUUCUCCUAAGAAAACAGGGGAAUGUGCUUGAUUUGAAGAAACCACACAGCCAAUUGCAUUCCCAAUCUCUCAGCUGGGUGGAGAGGAGUCACCAAGCCUCCCAGAGCUGUGGGUGGAAUGAGGAGGCUGUCCUUAGGGAGCACCCCAAGGACGUUCACAGCCAGCUCCAUAACCAGCUCGCUUCUCUUUUGCUUUCUCUUGUUACAACCAACCGCUUCCAUCAAUUACAAAUCAUCCUACGGACCACGCGCUGGGGUAUGCAAAUCAGCUCGUUUUAAACUCAUGCCAGUCGUGGGGGAAGGGUGAGCAUUAUAGUCUUCUUUUUACAGGAGACUCACAGGUAAAUCACAGACUGCCAGGGCCACAAAGGCCCUCAGAGGUCUUUCAGUUUGAAGCCCUCUUUUAACAACAGUGGAAAUGGAGGCUCAGAAAGGUACAGUGACUGACGCAACAUGGAGCCCUAUCUCCUCAUUCCAUCACUCUUUCAAACAUGUGGCAUUCUUCAUCUUCGUAAAAGUGCUGUGAGGCAGGAAAGAGCUCUGUAGGAGGACUCGAAUGUGCCACCUUCCGCCUUUACCAGCGGGUGACCUUAGGCAGGUGUACUAGUUUCUUGGGCUGCUGUAACAAAUCGCCACAAGCUGAGUGCCUUAAAACAAACACAUUUAUUAUCUACAGUUUUGGAGGUCAGAAGCCCAAAGGGGGCUAAAAUCAGUGGGCUAAAAUCAAGGUGCCGGCAGGGCUGCAUUCUUCCUGAAGGCUCUCAGGAGGCUCCUUUUCUUGCCUUCUCCAGUUCCUAGUGGAUGCUGGCACUCCUUGGCUGUGGCCCUUUCCAACAUCAUCAAAGCCAGAAACGGUGGGUCAAGUCCUCCUCACAUCGAAUCACUUCGGUCUGCCUCUGACUCUUCUGUUUCCCUCUUCCACACUUAAAGACCCACCUUUAAACUGGCCCACCCGGAUAAUCCAGGCUAAUUUCCUUAUCUUAAAUCUCCUUAUCUCAGCUGUUUAGCAACCACAACCUCCCUCCCACCACCUUGCCAUGUAACAUCGUAGGGUUCUGGGAGUGAGGACGUGGACAUCACUGUGGGGCCAUCACUCUGCCCCUGGCAGCAGAACACAUAUGUUCCCAGCAGAUCUGAAACCUGCCCUGCCUGCCUCACAGUUACUGGAGGGGCCAGUGAGAAAUGGGUAAGAACAGCUUUGAAACAUGUAAUGUGUUGUAGAAAUAUAAAGGAUGGUUUAUAAUGGUCAGUCAAUAAUAUCCAAUAAUCCUAAACACUCACCAAAACCCAGGCCGUGGCCUCAUGGUCAGAAGGGCCCCCUCGCACUUGGACAGCUACAUUUACAUGGUCCCCAGGCAGCUCCUCCAGUGCUUGGGUGCCCUCAGGGGACUUUGUGACCUACAGGGGACAGAAAUGCCAGGAGAGGGCUUAGAAAAAGCAAUUCUGGAUAAAGACCAUCCCAUAGGCUUCCUUGCCCUCCUCCUUCCUCCUCCUCCCACUGACUCAAAAACGGAAACCCUAGCACUGCUCAUGCCGAUGCAAAUGACAUCAGUCAUUUUUUAAACCUACUUGUACAUAUAGACAGCACGCUCUGCCGGACAGCAAAGACCCGAACAUCACCACUAUCCCACAGAAAGAUUCAGAAUCUCAAUGCCCGUCUCAGGGCUGUUGACAUUAAGGGGACAACAUUCACUGUGAUCCUUGCCGGUCUCUCAAAAACUGGUCUUUAGAAGAUUUGGCUUUGGAAUAGGACUGAGUCUUCUGCCACCAGCCAGGUCUGUCUGAAACACAGCCCCGAAGUGAAGCAGGAUACACACAUGGCCACCGCAGCUGAUGCAGACUGGGUAAGAGCACAGCUUUCUGGGUCGCUAAGUGGCCAAGGAUGUAAGUGGCACAGGAAGGGCUGCAAUGUCCCCUUCUAAGGGGAGAGCUUUGGGGUAGAAGUUUCGAGGCAGAGGAGUGGUACAGAUGAUAUCUUUUCUUCAUCCUCUGGCCCACCUAUAAAGGCAUAUAUAUAUAAACACAUUUAAAAGAAAAACAUUCUUACCACUCACGUCUUUGUUUCUCCUUGUCUCUUACACACACACACACACACACACACACACACGAGACGCAUGAGUUCUUGGACAGAAAUACCUUUCUCCACGUGAUGACUGGGGUAGGCACAGCCCUCACUUCACAGGACAGGCCCACCUGCGCCCCGGUGACGUUGUGAACACUUCGGGGAGGAACGACGACCACAGGAGCUAGGAGGAGGAGACAAGGAGACGCAACCUUUACCCUGCCGGGUUCCAAGCAACCCACCUCUAAAUUCCCCUGCCGCAGAGAGCCCGCUGUGAUGUCCUGACAUGAGGGGAGCGGCAGGUCACGCUUGGGCAGGAAUCCUAAAAGAGAGAUUUCCUCAGACCUGGAAAGCUGCCGACCGAUCUCCUGAUCCAAUGAUUGUUUUACCAAUGGGGAAGCAGGGGUCCAGAGGGGAAGGGCGAGUUCCCAAAUUCCCCCAGCGCCGUCUGUGGCAGAGCUUGGGCCUCAGUGCUCCCUCCCAGGGUCCGUUCCAGGCUCUGGCUGCCAUCUGCUGUACCUCAACCAGGAAACACGGCAGCCGACUCCUAGAGGGGCUGGUGCUACGCCACCAACGGCAGACUGUUCUAACAGAUGGGCUUUUCUCCUUCCACGUGGAGGGCGUUAGGAAGAAGAAUGCCAGGCAGAACAGCUGCACACACCCUGGAGCUCAACCUCCUGCGGUCCAUUCAAGAUGCCCAUUUGCAUGCACAGAGUAAAGACUCCCCAGGGCUCCCCCACUCCCUCUGCCUCCCCAUCCCCAGAAGCCGACCCAAGCCUGGGCAAAUCAGGGAAUCAGGGAAAUGUGGUUCUAGACUGCCAGAACAUGACGGAGAGGAGAGGGAGGGUAUGGGCUCUCUGGACAGGACCCAGUGUUAGAUGUUUCAAACUCCUACUCCACACUCUGCCUUCCUCCCCGUGCCUGGCAUCGGCUCUGCUCACACUGGGCUGGAAUAAUCAAGGCCAGGCGUUUCUACCUGCUCUCACCUGCACUGGACAGCAACUCAGCCACCCCGGCAUCCAGCACCACGGUGUGUUGGGCAACGUGCAGUGUAGAGUCCUGGCCAGGGAAUGCUCCCACCCAGCUGUCAUCUAUAAGGUGGGGAUCACACCCCUGCUUCCUAGGGCGGUCAAGCUGAUCUAACCAUGGAAUGAGUGAAAAGUGUAAGUUAAUGUGAUAUGCAAGUGAGGGCCCGGAGCAAAAGGAUGACUGGAUGAACAAACACAUGACAAAUCAAGGAAAAAACAUGUUCAUUUCCAGGCCAUCAAACUGCAGAGUCUAGAACUCCUAGGGCUUUGCCUGGUGACUCAAGGACAGCACUGUUGUUCUCCACAAGACUGCACCUGGAUAAGGCUGCAAUACAAAAGGAGAGCAAAGGGAGGAGACAGAAGGCAGGAGGAAGGAGGUGAUGGACAGGGUCGCAUCACACCCCAAUGCACAGGAGGAUCAGGGUGCAGGAAAAAGACUAGUUUGGCCCCUCCAGACAGACUGGGAAGCAGACCCUGUCAAGCCAGUGCCAAAGAAAUCUCUGGAAAAUCGCCUUAGAGCCACAGUCUCAAACUAGAGAGGCUCUUUAGCAUCCUAAUUCUCUGCGAUUCUGUGCCUGACCAGGUAUGACACGCUCACGCAGCCUCCAUUUGCAUGCCUUCAGGGAUGGAGAACUCACCACCUACGGAGCCAGGCCAUUCUGCCUUUGGAGGGCUCUACUGCGCCUCCCCAACCACACAAGCGCUGGGAUGCUGCCUCCAGGGGAGCCCAAACCGGUGCUCCAGUGGCUCGCUGUGGUGACAGUCAGAAAGACCUGGAUACCAAGGGGACUCUCAAUCAGCGUGGUUUACUUUUGUUCAUGUAAAGUCAUACAUUUUAAAUGUGAUUUCAUCAAUCCCUUUCAGGCCUAAACGAGUAAACCAGUAAAUCACAA